AUGGAUGCCAUAACAUUCAGAUUUUUGAUGAGCUUAGCAGCGUCUCAAAAUCUUGAAAUGUAUCUCAUGGAUGUUGUGACAGCAUAUCUAUAUGGAUCUCUUGAAAAUGAGAUAUAUAUGAAAAUCCCAGAAGGAUUAAAAAUGCCUGAGGAUUUGAAAUCAAAGGCUAAGGAGAUCUGUUCGGUCAGAUUACAGCGAUCACUUUAUGGACUAAAACAGUCCGGACGCAUGUGGUAUAAUCGCUUAAGUGAAUAUUUGUUGAGUAAAGAUUACGUCAACAAUGCGAUAUGCCCUUGUGUAUUCAUUAAGAAAUCCUCUUCAGGAUUUGUGAUUAUUGCUGUAUAUGUAGAUGACCUGAACAUGAUUGGAACUCAAAAGGAAAUUGAUGAUGCAAGAACUCAUAUGAAAGAAGAGUUUGAAAUGAAAGAUCUUGGAAAGACAAAGUUUUGUCUUGGGCUCCAGAUAGAGCAUUUCCAAGAUGGUAUAUUUGUGCAUCAGUCAAAUUACACUAAAAGAGUGUUAAAACGCUUUUAUAUGGACAAAGCAACUCCUUUGAGUACUCCAAUGGUUAAUAGAUCUCUUGAUGUUGAAAAGGAUCCAUUCCGUCCUUGUGAGGAUAACGAGGAAGUGUUAGGUCCUGAAGAUAUCUAUCAGAUCCACACAAAGCUAGAUCACAAACAGGUUAUGUUUUCACAAUUGGUGGAACUGCGGUCUCCUGGCGUUCGCAAAAGCAAACUUUGGUUGCAACGUCUUCAAAUUAUGCAGAAACUAUUGCUCUCCAUGAAGCAUGUAGAGAGUGUGUGGCUCCGGUCUAUGACUCAUCACAUACAAGAAUCAAGUGGAAUAGUCACAGAGAAAGAGCCAACAAAAAUAUUUGAAGACAAUUCUGCAUGUGUCACACAACUCAAAGAAGGUUAUAUCAAGAGUGACAGAACGAAGCAUAUUCCUCCAAGAUUUUUCUCAUACACUCAAGAACUCCAGAAAAAUCAAGAAGUGGACAUCGAGUAUAUUCGUUCAAGUGACAAUGCAGCCGAUCUUUUUACAAAGGCGCUUCCUACUACAGUGUUCAAGAAGCAUGUUCACAGUAUGGAAUGCGUCGUCUACAAAACUUGUGAAAAGAAAAGAUUAUAUCUUUUCCAGGGGGAGAUUAUGCUACGGUACUCUUUUUCCUAA